AUGAGCUUAGUAAAUGGGCUCCGAGAAGGCCCCUUCUCACAGUCCAUCUCGAAACGGCACCCGACUUCUUUGAGUGAUGUACAGGAAAAAGCUGAAAAGUACAUCAAUAUGGAAGAGAAUGUCCGGCUACGAGAACCAAGCUGGCGACCUGGGCAACCUCACCCAACAAGGGAGAAAGAGAGGGAGUCCAAGAAAAAAGAAGAAGUCGGGUCUGAAAGGCCCAGGAGAUAUGACACUUAUACUCCUUUACGAGUUUUUCUAGUCGACAUCUAUAGAAAAAUUUGUCAUACUGAAAGGCUACCUCCCCCUCGGCCCAUCAAGAACAAGAAGGGGGGAAGUCGUGCCGAGUAUUGUGGGUACCAUAAGCUAUAUGGUCACUCAACAAAUGAUUGUUACGACCUAAAGAAUGUGAUAGAAAAGCUGGCCAGGGAAGGUCUGCUUGACAGAUAUCUCACAGAAAGGUCGGACCAUCAUGGCAAAAGGAAGCGAGAUAAGGAGGAUCGAAGAGAUCCACCACCACAGACCCCGAAAAGGCACAUACAUAUGAUCUCAGGGGGGUUUGCUGGAGGAGGUCUCACAAAGUCAUCUCGUAAGAGGCACCUGAAGGAAGUCUACCAGGUCGGGGGCGAAUUGCCUGACCUCCCAACCAUCUCUUUCACCAAAGAAGAUGGGCAGGGCAUUGUUCCCGGACAUGAUGAUCCGGUAGUGAUUACUAUGAUUCUCGCCAAUGCCCAUCUACACAGAACCCUGGAGGAUCAGGGGAGCUCGGCUGACAUCCUAUUCAAACCAGCAUUCGACAAAAUGGGAUUGAAUGAAAAGGAGUUAAGAGCAUACCCUGAUACCCUAUAUGGGCUGGGAGAUACACCCAUAAAACCAUUGGGAUUCAUACCCCUACAUACAACUUUUGGAAAGGGGAUGAAAUCCAAGACUCUAAGCAUCGACUUUAUAGUCAUUGAUAUGGGCUCAGCCUAUAACGCUUUAAUAGGCAGAACAACCCUAAAUUGGCUUGGGGCACUGGUAUCUACCCCCCAUCUUUGCAUGAAGUUUCCAACACCUGAGGGAAUUGCAACCAUCAGUGGAGAUAAAAAAACUGGCGGAAAAGUGCUACAAUGA